AUGCUUGUUUUCAAAAGGGGUAUUCACGUGGUACCUAAGCUACCAAAUUCCAUGGCACUACUACAAAAUGGGGUUCCCAAAAUACUCAGUUCUUCGGGAUUCAAGACGGUAUGGUUCGACUACCAGCGGUAUUUGUGUGAUAAACUGACGCUGGCGACAGCAGGGCAGUCUCUCGAAUCAUAUUAUCCAUUCCACAUAUUACUAAAAACUGCAGGGAAUCCAUUACAGUCUAAUAUCUUCAAUUUAGCUUCGUCAAUACACAAUAACCAUUUAUUCGUGGAGAACAUUUUACCUUCUGCCAUUGAAUCUGGCACCACUGAUUCGAACGCUGUGGUGAAGACAGAGCCAUCCAGGCUUUUUUUGUCUAGAAUCCAAGAUUCAUUUAAUGGCAGCGAUUGGCAGGUAGUGAAAGAGGAAAUGAUUUACCGUGCUGAGAAUGAAGUCUUAGGGCAAGGCUGGUUAUUUUUAGUUGAAAACAGUGAGAAAAAACUCUUCAUAUUAACCAGCAAUAAUAAUGGUACACCGUAUUAUUUUCCCAGGAACCAGUCGUUUGAUUUAAACAGUGCAAUUUCCAUCGAUGAAUUUUCUACCCUGAAGCAAAUGAAAGAACUGAUAGGAAGCUCUACUAAAUCACAUGGUAAGGUUCAGGACUGGACCAUGCCUGUAAUUUGCGUCAAUUUGUGGGACCAUGCUUAUUUACAUGAUUAUGGCGUUGGAAACCGAUCCAAAUACGUGAAGAAUGUUCUUGAUAACUUGAAUUGGUCAGUGGUAAAUAAUAGGAUAUUCUCUGGCGUAUCGAAGUAA